AUGAUGGGUCUCUUUCAAAUUAGUAAGAGAUUCAUUUAUUGGCCUCCAAAAAAUAAAAUAAGGACAAUAAAGUUCCCUUCUGGUAAAAGAAGUUUUAUUUUUAUUGGUAAAAGAGAUGAAGAUGGAAAAGAUGAGCCAGUGUUAUGUUUCGUUGACAACCAGAACCACAAAUUGACAUGGUUCAACGAAGAGGAAGUUUUAAAUUUUGAGAAACUGAUGCCUCGGAUAGACAGUUACUUCUCGUUAUAUUUAGAAAAAGCAAAAAGAGUUAUUGAACAAAACAUGGUAUUAAAAGAAGAAUUGAACAAAUCUUUUCACGAGUAA